AAACUGAUGUCGUUUUAAGAAAAAUGGACCGAGAACUGAAAGAGGAGGAACUGCAGGAUUUGUACGCAUGGAUAGACAAAAUAUCUCUGUCCCGGCCUAAAAGACACAUCACAAGAGACUUCAGCGACGGAGUAUUGGCUGCAGAGGUUGUCAAAUACUUCUUCCCAAAGCUUGUUGACCCGCACAACUACAUUUCUGCAAACUCCACACAGCAGAAGCUCAGUAACUGGAACCUCCUCAACAGGAAGGUAUUUUCCAAGCUGAACUUUCACGUUCCUGAGGAGACAGUGAGGAGGAUUGUACUGACCACUGCAGGAGCGAUAGAGCCUGUACUGAGCGCCCUCAGGGAGAAGAUAGACAAGAAACUGGAGCACACUACACUGAAUAUACUGGAUUUGGAAUACUAUGAAACCAGAAACCAGGAGAAACCUCAUACAGAAAUUCGUCAGACUGAAGCGAAACUUGUGGCUCAGCUGGCCGGAGAAGAGAUGAAAAAAGACGAAAAGAGCAGAAUAAAAAACGGUAAACCGCAGUACACAUCGCAGUUUUAUUCAGACAUGGAUCCUACUUUACGACUAAUCCUGCAGGAAAAAGAGCAAGCCGUCAUGGCUUUGCAGGAGACUGUAGAGAUCCUGCAGAUGAAAGUGAACAGGUUAGAGCAUCUGGUUCACUUGAAGGACAUGCGUAUUGAAGACCUGAUGCAGCAUCUGGAGACGUACAAAGCAAAAGGCAAUACUCGCUGAUACAAACAUGUACACACAGAGAAUGUGUUAUAGUAGCUCUGCCUUAUAACCCUGUAACAUCAACUCCAAUCAACUCUUACUUUGUUAAAAGUUUUAACCAUGGCAAAGAAACACUUCAUAUACAUAUAUAUCAAUUCUGAGAUUAUUACUAAAGUGCAUCACAGUUUUUGAAAUGCAACAGCGGGAUUACAGAUGUGUUAUGCUUUAAUCUUAAGUAAAGUGUAUUUUUGUGAGGUUUGGUCAUUUUAUUAAUUAACCAUUAACAUUAGUUACACAAUUAGGUACAAGUAAUAAAGCCAUUCCAGUGUGAUACACUUUCAUAACAUGAAAAUUAAAUUUCAAGAGGAUUUAUCUCAUUUGACAUUGCCAUAUUUGUAAUAUCCUGAUUUAACAAGGGCAGUGCAACAACUGUCUUCUCUAUUAUAUACACAUUUUUGCAGAUAUUGCAUAUUAUCCUUGGGUUUAAAUCUUGUCUAAUGAGAUCGUACUGUAAAUCGUUUGAGAAUUUUUAUUUUUUAAUACAGGUAGUCACUUCUUUGUCAGGAGUGUGUAGAAUGUGAUGUGUUUAUGUAUCUACGGUCGUCUUUGACCUUUUGUGCCUUCACACAUCCUCCAAGUGCUCAAUAAAUCAACUAACCUCUU